CUGUCAUCUUCAACAUCUUAUUAUUAUCACCUCCGGACAAUGAGCUGCUCCACCCUGAGUGACUUUCUACACCCGCUGUCGGGUUUAAAAAACACUUUUCCGGGCGAAUUCCAGUGACGUGGAGGAAGAAGGAAGGAGGAAGGAGAGUCUGCAAAGCUUUGAUUUCACAUUCACACGGAUUACUUCUUUUGUUUGUUGUUGUUGUUGCCCUGAGGUGGAGAUAAAAACAAACAAACAACUAAAUCCGUCCUGGUUACAACACAAACCAGCCAGUUAGCGAUGUUUAUUUGUGGCCGGAAAGUAUUUUCCAGUGUUUACAACUUCCAAAGUGGGACUCUUUCCUGGUUCGAGUGCUGCAACGGGAACAUUAGCUAACACAGACUAGCUCAGAUUAGUGUCUCCGUGUUUUUUUUGUUCACUAAAUAGAUAGAUAGACAUUAAAAAGAGUUUGCAAGUCAGCUGUUGAUUCUUGCACCUUGUAGACACCGCGCUGGGUUUUCUACGCACCCGGGAGACACGAAGAAGAAGAAGAAGAAGAAACACCCUCCUCUUGUCAGUGCAGUCACGUUGAUUUGAUCCAUUGAUCGGAUCGUUAUUGGGGUGUUUUUUUUAAAGCUGAUUUAAGGGGGAAGAAGAAGAAGAAGAAGAAGAAGAAGAUGUCGGGCCAGUCUAUCACGGAUCGGAUCGCAGCAGCUCAGCACAGCAUGACCGGGUCUGCGAUCAGUAAGGCUGUGUGCAAAGCCACCACACAUGAAGUGAGCGGACCCAAGAAGAAACACCUGGACUAUCUGAUUCACUGCACCAACGAGAUGAACGUGAACAUUCCCCAGCUGGCCGAUACGCUGUUCGAGCGCACGGCCAACUCCAGCUGGGUGGUGGUCUUCAAAGCCCUGAUCACCACCCACCACCUCAUGAUGUACGGCAACGAGCGUUUCAUCCAGUAUCUGGCCUCCAGAAACACUCUGUUUAACCUGAACAACUUCCUGGAUAAAGGAGCUCUGCAAGGUUACGACAUGUCGACCUUCAUCAGACGAUAUAGCCGCUACAUGAACGAGAAGGCCAUGUCCUACAGACUGGUGGCUGUGGAUUUCACAAAGAUGAAGAGGGGGAUUGACGGUGUGAUGCGCACCAUGAGCACAGAGAAGCUGAUCAAGACGCUGCCCAUCAUUCAGAACCAGCUGGAUGCUCUGCUGGAUUUCCAGGCCAACCCUAACGAGCUGACCAACGGAGUGAUCAACUCUGCCUUCAUGCUGCUCUUCAAAGACUCCAUCAGGCUGUUUGCUGCUUACAAUGAAGGGGUCAUCAACCUUUUGGAGAAAUACUUUGACAUGAAGAAGAACCAGUGCAAAGACGCGCUGGACAUCUAUAAGAAAUUUCUUUACAGGAUGACCAAGCUGUCGGAGUUCCUCAAAGUGGCCGAGCAAGUUGGAAUAGAUCAGGGUGACAUCCCAGAUCUCUCACAGGCCCCCAGCAGCCUUCUGGAGGCUUUGGAGCAGCAUUUGGCCUCUCUGGAGGGCAAAAAGACCAAGGAGUUAAAUGCAGACACCAGAGCGUCCACCCUGUCCAGCGCUGUCUCGUCCCUCUCCUCCACCGGCAUGUCGUUCAGCCGCAUGGACGAGAAGGAGAAGCAGCAGGCCCUGGAGGAGGAGCAGGCCAGACUGCAGGCUCUUAAGGACCAGCGGCUGAAGGAGAUUGGCGUGCAUACUCCGCCCUCCGCCUCCCCCAGCAGUCAGUCGAUAGGCAGCGCCAACAACAACCACAUCGCACCGACACCAGAGCUGUUCAGCUCUGCGCUGUCUGCCAACAGUGUGCCCAAUCUGAACAGUGACCUGUUUGAUCUUCAGCCGGCCUUCAUCCCCGCUGUGCAGAGCAAUCCUUCCAUCUCCAACGCCAACAGUGCCUGGGGAGGAUUGGAGAGCCAGCAUCUGCAGCAGACCACCCCGGCCAUGACUGUAGAUUUCGAUGCUGUGUUUGGGAAUAAGACAACGCCAAGUAACAACGGCACACAACCUGCAGCCGGUUUCGAUGCUCUUGGCGACCUGUUGAAGCCCACGAUUCCCACGCACUCUGCACCUCCUCCUCCUCAAAUGGCCAUCCAUCCCGGAGGAAAGCUGCUAGCCAACGACCUCGACUCCUCUCUGGCCAACCUCGUGGGCAAUCUGCAGUUCGGUGGGACCCCGGCCAAGAAGCCAGAGAUGCAGUGGAGCCAGUCCGGGGAGAAGAAGCUGACGGGGGGCCAUAACUGGCAGACUAAGACCAUGUCGACCACACAGUGGGGCCCCGCGCCCAUGGCCCCGCAGCCUAUGCCUGUACAACACGUGAAUGGAAUGUUCUAUACUAGUUAUGCUCCAGCCCCCAUGGCUUUUCCCAUGACCACACCGCAAGUGCCUGUGUAUGGAAUGGUCCCUCCCCAGAUGGGUCAGAUGGGCGGGGUACCGAUGAUGGCUCCUCAGCCAAUGAUGUAUAACCAGCCUGUUCUCAGACCCACCAACCCCUUCGCACCCAUGCCGGGAGCCCAGGUCAGCUAUCCUGUAUUUGUGACUUCAUACACACAAAACGAUACCUUUGCUACUGAAAAGAUGCAGUUUAUGUAAUCCAGUCAGGGGGGGAAGCAGAGUGCCAAAAGCGACAAACAAACAAACACACAGAAGAAGAAAACACACAAGAGGAACGAUCAGACGGACGGACGGAGGGAGGAUUUAAUCAAACUAAAAUGACUAAGUGACAGUCAAGAUAACCAACCAACACCAAAAACAGCGGAAAGAGGAGAAGAAGACCGAAGAGCGGAGCAGGGGGCGGAGGGCGGGGAAGAGGUCAUCUUUACUGGUCGUUGUCUGAAACAACUUCUUGCCUGUGUGUGUGUGUGUGUGUGUGUGUGUGUGUGUGUGUGUGUGUGUGUGUGUGUGUGUGUGUGUGUGUGUGUGUGUGCGCAUGUGUGCCUGUGUUGCUACUUUCUGUUUGAUAAGUUUUUAAAUCCUAUCGAUGGAGUGAUGAUUCAGAAGACUGAAUACAGACGAGAGAGAAAGAUAAGAGGGAGGAUGACGGAGGAAGAGGGGAUCAUACCUCUGGUUUAGCUUGUUAGAGUUCUGCUGCAGAAUUAGCUUUAUUUCAAACUGGUGCUAUUUUGUCCCCUUCGGCUCACCGUCCGCCUGCAACGGCACAUCGGGAGGUCAUAUAGGGGGACAAGUGUUUAAUGUGCGUGAGUGUGUACUGUAAAGAAAUGAACAGCAGUUGUUUCAGACAACCGACCUCCCCCUUCGUUUGCCACCUGCGUCCACAAUUGUCCAAUCAACGAGACAUUAUCCAAAACGUCUCAAGUGUGUUUCCCGCGGUUUUCCCCUCUUUUGGGAUAUCUUUGUAUUUUUCGAUCUGUUUUCUUCUGCCGCCUCUCCUGAAUGUUUGCGGGGCUUGUACAGCGAUUUGUUAAACCAUUUGUUGAUAGUAGUUGAGCGUUUGUUGUUAAGAGUUAAAGUCUUUGUUACUCAUACUGCGUUUUUUUCUUCUCCCGAAGCUACAAGUACACACAGGGAAAAACAGGGUUAAACGCUAACAAUGCUAGCAAGCUACAAAGUCGUCUAAAUUGGAUUCAAAACAACAUUUGGGAUAUUUUUCUCAAGACCUGGUCACAACACGAAUUGGUACGGUGAAAGUCAACCAUGUGUUUUUAAGAAACGUAUAGUUUUUAGAAGAACGCUAAUGCAGUGACGACCUCUGACGCUAGCUAAACUACUGUAGCUGUUAAGCUAGCCUGCCAAGGACAUGCUUGGCUAGUCAGUCUGAACUUCUCUCUGUUUUCUUUUCACUGUGUCAUAUAUGGCACUCUCUUCUCAAGAUUGUACAUUUAAGUUAAAACAGAGUUAUUAAAAGGAGGGAGUGAAAGUAUUUUAGCUAGCUAGUGUUCUAACUAGCAUGCUAAAUAAGAUGUAUUUUUAGUUUUGGUAGCUAACAGGACAAUAUGUUCACACAUACUUUGUUUCUACAAACCAUUCCUCAUUUGUUGAGCCAUUUAUGCUCCAAAGAGGUGAGAUACAACUGCAAGGGGCUUCUUAGCUAGUAAGCUAGCUUUGUCCAUUCUUAGCUCUCCGUGUGACCCAAGUUAAGAGCAGUCAGAUGGAGUUAACCAAAGUUGGACUACUGAAAAGAUAAUUUGCCCAAAUACAUUUUGCCCCAUAUUUUUUUUGCCCCGAGUUUAUCAUCGUGUUAAAGAGUCAGCAGCGUGCUUGAAGUGUAAUUAGCCCGCUAACUGCCUGUUAGCCCCUGGUUGACCUUGUGUGUAUCUGUUCUUCAUGUCCUCAUCAGCUCACCAAUCGGAUUCAGACCUCUUCGGUUUCUAAAUAAAGCGCUUUUUCAUCAGGUCCACCCUUUAGAGAGGUCCAUAUUAUGUGCCAGUGAUUGAUGACAGCAGCACUGAGUGAGUGAUUAAAAAGUUACUGAAUCAAGUUGAAUUCACUUUAAAUUGCACUGAAUCAAAGAGAGUGGCUUUAAGUGCACCUCUGUCUGCAGAGAAGCCAAAUGACUAUGAACUUUUGGCAUCCCCCUCGCUCCCUUGGUUCCAGGUUAAUUUAGGGAUCAUAUUUGACUUUUUUAAGAGGUCAAAGGCCGUUCCUCAGCCAAAGCAUCCGUCGCCACGAGUUUGACUGUUGGGGACAUGUGUCCAUAUGCAUUUUUAUUGUGUGUUCACGUGUGUGCUAACACAUUUAUGUGUUUGUUUUCCAUUGAGGGCUAUUUUCUGAGGGUCAAAUUGCGUCAAAUUUCGAGCCAAAAUUUGAGCCAGAAAGUUUGACGUGAAAAUGUGCUUGUUUGUUUUUUGUAAAAAAAAAAAUCAAAUUUUGUUGCAAAAUGCACAUGCAAAAAUUUUGCACUGAAGUGACUAUCCUGCCGUAACGGAGCUGUCGCCAGUUAACCUGGCGAGGGAAAAAGUUAAGAAAGAGAUCUGUAGGGAAUUAUUUCAGUUUUUACAACAAGAAGUUUGUCUAAUCUACCAGCCACUGUGGCAGGUAACUCAAAGUUAUUUUCCUGCCAUUCUAACAACUUGAAACUUUUUGUAGUCCCUUCCCUGACCCCUCCCCCGUCCAGUGUCUCUAUCCCGAUCAUCACGAUAGUCCGAUUGAAAUCUCUAGAAUCUCGCCUCUCAACUCUGUCUAGUUGGUCUAUCUCUAAAAAGCUUUUUAGCCUGCUUCGUCACUGUUUGAUAUGUGUAGAUAUGUAAAAAACAAAUAGUGAUACUAACAAGUUUCUGUCUAGAUUGUCUGCACCCACCCAUCACUGUUGCUGUUGGAUAGAUAUUGCUGUUAGAUGCUUCUUGUUGCAGUCUUGUGUUAGCCUAGCCUUUCCUCGUAGUAUCCUCUUGCAGUAGGUUUCCCACCUUGUCUUCACCACUGAAAACGUCUCUUAACUAAAGCUCUAUUAUCUCUCUUGGUGUCUCUGUCUUUUAGCUGUAGACGAAACCUUUCCGAGGCUCCCGGGCUCAGGCUUUGUGGUCCGCUCUUCGCUCGCUUCGAGUGCGCUCUUUCUUCUCACUAUUAGCAUCGCUCCAGUGUCUGGUAGAUAAGUUCCUCGACAUCCCCCCCCCCCCCUCCUCCUCCUCGACAACAUCAGCCAUCCUCACAACUCGUUAUGAUGUCAGCAGCCUAUAAACAGUCUCUGAUUGGACUGUUGAGCCUAGACAGCGAAUCAGAUAGCUUGGAUAUUCAGGUUUUUGUGACAUAAUGGGGACUUUGCUGCCAACAGAACAAUGGAUCCCACCACGGUUUUAGAACGAAACAUUAGCUAAAUGCUAAUAUUUAUGAAGACUCCUGUAUAUGAAUACAGAAUCUUAAGGAUAACCAUCCGUUUGAAGAAGUUGCUAGUCAGACUGUAAACAUUGACCAGCCCACAAAACAAGAAACAUUCGCCCAGAAAUCAUUUUUGCCUUUCCAAACAAUCACUGACUACAACAGAAAUCUGGAUACGAUGGUUAUCGUUCCCAGAGAGUUCAUUCUAGUCAGAUGACAGCCAGUGUUUCCAAGAUUGGCUUGUAGAUUUCAGCAGCAUCCCGACGGUUUGUCUGCUCAAACGGGAACACUGACUUGACUUUCAACCAGCUGUUGUCCAAUGGUAGUUUGUAUAAUGCAUCCAGUUAGACCAAAUGUGGAAAGUAGCAAGGGGAUCCACUAAUGGUUGUUGAUCUAAACUUCAGCUCUGGAAGCUGGUUCUAAAGAAUCAAAUGGUUUGACGUUGGUACUUGGGUCCCUCCAAAACUUUUUCAGAAAACCUUAUCCUGGGCUGUGUUCUACAUUCAUGUCAUUCAAUUGGACUUCUCAGUCCCCUUAAAGUCCAUCUCUUCUUAAGUCCCCUUUUACUAUUGGGAUUCCAAGUUAUUAAACCAAGAGCCAAUCAGAUAGUUGGAUUUCACGGUUUGUUUGGUUACACAUAAGAGACUUUAUUGGCCAGCGGAUGGAAACGUUUUGUUAUUUCUUGAAUGAGUCAGGUUCAGCGUUUGGGGGACGCUGGUUUGGAGACGAGUUUUAGUCUGCCCUUCCAGUCACUUUGACGGACAACUAUGUUUAAGAUUUCUAUCCUAUUAGCAAAAAUUGCUAUUACCAAGAAAACGAAUCACCAGAACUUUGGUUUGUUACCCUGAUAGUAAGGUCAUGUAUUGGUUGGAGUAUUUUCUCGAGUUCAGCCAAAACAUCUCGUGUCAUUGAACAGUAAACUGUUCCGACCUGUUGACAACAUAAACUCUCACAAGAUGUCAAGGGAGCUUUCCAACCCUCAGAACCUUCCCCUUUCAGGGCCGGAAACCCAAACACCUUUUCUGCUAUUGGAUUCAAACUCCUUCAACUAUUUUCUUAAUGGACAUCUGGCGAUUUGGCUCCAAAAAUGACUUCUAAUUAUGGCUCUUUUAUUUUCGGGGACAGCUGUCUCACUGUCUCCAAUCUUGUGUGAUGAAUUGGCACUUUAGAAAAAGAGACGCCAUCAUUGUGGGCACUGAUCCAGAAUCAGAUCAUGGUCACCCUGGAUCUUAAAAAAACAAUGAAUCAUAUCAGGUCUUAACCUGCAGAUGUGAUCGUUCCUGAUGUUUUUUAAUGACCUCUUUAGAAUACAAAACGUGUCGGCUUUGGUGUGAAGGACGGUGAAGUCAGUGCCAGGAUGUUCUUCUCAUCUGAAGACAUUUCCUGCUUCUUUCGGACAACAGAGAUUUUUCUUCUUGAUCAGUUUUUUUUGUUUUCAUUUUGUUUUUUCUCUGCAUGGUAAUCCUGCCUGUUGCAACGAGGUCGUCUUUGUCCGUGUGUCUCAAGUGAUUUGGUCGGAUAUCUUCAGAUGGAGAGAGGCUGCUGUGGUUUCUGUGGAGUCCCAUAAACGUUACUGGCUUGUGUCCUCAUCUCUUUAGCAUUGAUGUAACUGCCGGUAAUUAUCACAGUUUCAUCAUGUAGGUCAUUUUGUCACGGUAUUUCUCCUGGGAGGGAUUUUUUAUUUUUAUUUUUUCCAGAGUAUGCAGGCCCUCUUUUUUUUUUUUUUUUUGGCGACUCCCUUUUCCUCAAAUUCCGACUCUUUCUCAUAUUUAUGUCUGGGAAUUUCCCUGGACAACCACAGGUUUUUUUUUCUUCCUUUUUUUCUUCUUUUGGGAACAAACCAGGCAAACCUUUAAAAAGCUGCUACCACUUCUCUCUGCAUUGUUGUAGCAUGAAUUUAGGUGGAGACGAGUACACGGAUGAACCUUGAUGUCAUUUUAAAAUGUUCUCUUCUAAGGCCAAGUGUAUCAAACAUUCAGAGAGCAGACUCGUCUCUCUCUCUCUCUUUCUGGGGUCAGUGAGUGCAUGGUUGUAACGUUGUCAAUGUUUGUUGUCCUGUUCUCUCCAAAAAAACGCAUGACAGUGAUGGUGAUGAUGAAGAUAAAUUCUCUCCUCUUGUUGUCCCUGUUUUUGAACAUCUGUCACGAGGCGAAGGUCUGCGAUGGUUCAAACUCUUUGUGACCGAUCUCUCGACAGCCGGUUCAUCCGUCUCUGGACUGAAUCUUUGACAGAUGUUUGUGCCUGUCGAUAAAUGAGCCACCGUAGCAAAACAGAGCGCCAAAACUUUUUGUGUAAAAAAAAAAACAAACAAAAAAAAACAACCUCUCCCAAAGAUGUCACAUUUGCUACUCACAGCACAGAUUUUGUCCUUCACUGUUCUGGCGCCAUCUGCUGGUGGCUUUGUGCGCUUGCAGGUGAAACUCAAAGAAUGAAAAAUGAAACUAAAUGAGAGGCUGUUUAAACGAAUUAAUCUCCUCGUUUUUUGUUUUUUUUUUGUCAGUGAGUCAGUGUGUUGAAUCAAAGGUUCUCUUGUGCACGUUCUGUUUUUUCUACAUCAGUGUUUUUUGGUAAGAACCCUCGGAUUGCUGCCUCACUAUUCUGUAUAUAUAGAGAAACACAUCACACACCUCACAGAGCUUAAAGACAUACUCUCAUAACCCGCAGCUGCGUUAUUUUGCAUUUACUCUUUAUUUUUCUGAACAUGAAAGAUGUUAGCAUUCUUACAGCAGUAUAAAGGUAUGAUUACUUCUCUAGCGGGGACGGGCUAAUCAGACAGACGAUGCAGAUUUCGAGGGGCUGCAGACCUCCCUGUACAUCAGGACCAGCCAUGAAUUCUCAAUGAUGCCAAAUGUUUUUUGAGCAGAGAACAUCUUUUAAUCUGUCUCUCUCUCUCUCUCUCUCUUCUCUGUCUCCUCCCCCCCCUCACCCCCGUUUCUCUUUGUACAUUUUUAUUUUCUAUUUAUUUAAAGCAGAAUUAUAUGGAUUGUAUCGAGCAUGGAAAGGCAAACAAAUGUUACAGAUGACAAACAAAUCACAGGCUUUUAUUUUACAGCAGUAUAUUUGUUUAUUCUAGGGAUCUGUUUUUCUCUCUUGUUUUUUUGGAAGAAAUAAAAAGUCAUUUUCCAUUCCUA